AUAACGAUGGCAACACAUUUUAUUGCUGGCACUGUUUUGGUUUUCUCUCACGUUUUUAUUUAAACUUGAUUCUGAUUUCUCGCGGCAAUUCUCUUUCUUUAACAGAAAAUGACUCGAUGGGCAAGGUCUGGAAGCACACAGAAACAUAAAAAAAUGCCUGGUGAUGCAACACCUUGGGAGGAAUUUUCAAAGCAAAUGAAGAUACAUCAGAAUGCUGGGCAUUCUUUUAAAAAGAAAAAAAAAAUGGAAAGUUUUAUUAAGAAGCGUGAAAAUAUUUCCUCUGAGGACAGCAACAAACAUAUGAGUUUGCAACAAAAUGAAAGCGAGAAUGAAUUUGCAAAUGCUACAGUGCAGAAUUCUUUUGUAAAACGUCUUGAAGGAGAUGAUGAUAAUAAAAUAAUGUGUAAAUCUUCUAAAAGAACUCGUGAAUUAGAUAUGUCUGAUUUCUCACCAAAGAAGAAGAAAAAGAUGUUGAAAAAUAAACAUGAUGUAAAUGAUUUUUCUGCAGAUUUCAUUCCUGUAAAACAUUCUGAAUCAGAUGCUGAAGAAAACAAUGAUAAGAAAAUAUAUAACAAUUUAAAAAUUAUUGAUGGGGUUGCAUUUGCAUCUAAAAAAGAGUUUAAAAAAGCAAUGAGGGAGGAAAAAAUUAAGGAUAGGAUUAGUCAAAAGAAAUUACUGAAGAACAACAACAUGGCAGAAAAUGCAUCAGAUUGUGGAGAUACUAAAACAGAAAAGGUAACUGAUAGGAAUGGGUCAUAUAGCUGUUUUCACACAAAGAAUCCAGAAUCCAUAUCUCAAGGGAAACACAGGCAAGAUGCAAACAGUAAUAUUCACAGAAUAAAAUCUGCAGAUGGGAUGACACAGUUAUCGAAAAAACAAUUAAAAAAAGAAAAGAGAAGGAAAAAAUUAAUGAAUAUGAGAAAUCAGGAUUCGACGUCAAGCCAGAAUGUAAAGGAAAAGAUUUCUGAGAGUAUGAAAAUUGAAAAAGAUUUAAAUCAAGAAGAAUGUAAUGCCGUUAGCAACAAUAAAACAGAUGUUGCUGGUGAAUCAAACUUGAAACAAGGAUUUAAAAAAGUAAAAAAUAAAAAAAGCAAGUCUUCUUGUCAAAGUUCUGUAGAUGGUAAAGAUUUGUCUACUGAGGAAGUGAACUCCAAAAAGGUGCCAGAAAAACGUUUCACAAAAAUGAAAGAAUCAUAUCUUGAAAAACUUCAGAGAAAAAGAGCUAAAAAUGGUAUUUUAUUACUUCCUGCAAAAAUCGAACGUAAAUUAUAUAAUAUAAAGAGAGCUUUAAGGGCAAAGGGUAUGCCUCCUGGAGUGAUAAAAGAAAUUAUAAGGAAAGAAAGACGUAAAGAAGAGCUGAAUUUCAGAAAGACUUCUAUUUCUAAGAUUUGCUUCAACUGCAGAAAGUCUGGUCAUCUGUUUGCAGACUGUCCAGUUAAACUAGGUGAAUCAGAUCAGGGAACUGGAAUUUGCUUUAAAUGCGGCUCUACAGAACAUACAUCAUACAAGUGUCCUAAAAAUAUAUCAGGUUUUCCUUUAGCAAAGUGUUUCAUCUGUUCACAGCAAGGCCACAUUAGUAAAGACUGCCCUCAUAACAAGCAUGGUAUAUACCCAAAAGGAGGGAAGUGCAGUAUAUGUGGAAAUGUGAAUCACUUAAGGAAAGAUUGCCCAACAUUAAGCAAGAAAAAUGAAGAAGAUACUGUUACUCUUCAUACUAUCAGUGAAUGGACAAGUAUUGAUGCAGAACCCGUACAAGAUGUAAAAAUACCCGAAAAGCCCAAUAAAAAGCCAAAAGUUGUAAAGUUUUUAAUAUAAAUAAAAAUUUGUUUUAUAUUGAAUUUU